UGUCCCCGCUCCAUGCCGGAUGAGCCGGCGGUAAUCUGUCCUAGUCGGUGUGAUCUCCCGGCAGCGGUGGGGACUCCGGCGGUAUACAAAGGGGCCUCCUCCCCCCCUGCAGCUGCUGCCGGCGGCACUGCACAGCCCCCCCUCCUCCCCGGUAUGGCCAGCCGGAGCCGCCGCUCAUGGCUCAGCGUCCUCCUCGGACUGGUCCUCGGCUUCCUCAUCGCCUCCAGACUCAUCCUCCCCUGGGCCGCCGACUUCCAGCGCUACAGCCGGAGAGGAGGAGGGCCCCGGGGGGUAGGACAGGCCGGGGGAGGCAGCUGCGGGGUGCCGGCCGGGACCCGGAGCGACAGGAACGACCAGCUACCCUACAUCGGAUCCCGGGCACCGGGGGGAGAAGAGCCUGGAGGGGAGGCCGCUCAGGAGGAAGACAUUCCCCGGGACCGGACCUUCCUAUUCAUCGGGGUCAUGACGGCGCAGAAGUACCUGCACACCCGGGCCGUGGCCGCCUACAGAACCUGGUCACAGUUCAUCCCUGGAAAAGUGGAGUUCUUCUCAAGCGAGGGUUCAGACAUGUCCAUACCAAUUCCUAUAAUCGCGCUCAAAGGUGUAGAUGACUCCUACCCACCACAGAAGAAGUCCUUCAUGAUGCUGAAAUAUAUGCACGAUCACUAUCUGGAUCAGUACGAGUGGUUCAUGAGAGCAGACGACGAUGUCUAUAUCAAGGGAGACCGCCUAGAGAGCUUCCUGCGCAGC